AUGGAGAUAAGUUGUGAUCUUGAGAAAGCUGGUCACAGUUUCAAAAAUGCUUCCUUUUGGACUGACAAUGGCGCAGGAGUUUUCUCAUCAUCUUCACGUGGAGAGGAUGAUGAGGAAGCUCUCAAGUGGGCUGCUCUUCAGAGACUUCCAACUUUCCAGCGCUUGAAGAAAGGUUUGAUCUCUACAUCCGAAGGCCGUGCCGACGAAGUUGAUGUGAGCCGUCUUCAAGUACAAGAAAGGAAGAAUUUGAUUGAGAGGUUGGUUGGAGUAGCUGAAGAGGAUCAUGAGAACUUCUUGUUGAGGCUCAAGAACCGCAUUGAUAGAGUUGGAAUUAGUCUUCCUACAAUUGAAGUUAGGUUUGAGCAUUUAAAAAUUGCCGCUGAAGCUUAUGUAGGAGGCAGAGCUCUGCCUAGUGUCUUUAACUACUGUGUUAAUUUAGUGGAGGGUUUGUUGAACUCCUUCCGUAUUCUUCCUAGCAAGAAGCAACACUUGACUAUCCUUAAGGAUGUCAGUGGGAUCAUCAAGCCUUGCAGAAUGACACUGCUUUUGGGUCCUCCGAGUUCCGGAAAGACCACACUCUUGUUGGCUUUGGCGGGAGAGCUUGACCGGGAUCUUAAGUUUUCUGGACGUGUGACCUACAAUGGUCAUGACAUGCAUGAGUUUGUGCCUCAGAGGAGUGCUGUCUAUAUCAGUCAACAUGAUGUUCAUAUUGGAGAGAUGACAGUCGGAGAAACAUUGAAUUUUUCUGCAAGAUGUCAAGGGGUUGGAGCUCGUUAUGAUAUCCUAGCAGAGAUAAGUAGAAGAGAGAAAGAAGCAAAUAUUAAGCCAGAUGCAGACUUGGAUAUCUACAUGAAGGCAGUGGCAUCAGAAAGCCAGAGGGCACAAGUGGUGACAGAUUAUAUUCUAAAGAUCCUGGGACUGGAUGUCUGUGCAGAUACCUUGGUAGGGGAUCAAUUAAUUAGGGGCAUCUCUGGAGGACAAAAGAAACGAGUCACAACGGGUGAAAUGUUGGUUGGACCUGCUAAGGCAUUAUUCAUGGACGAAAUAUCUACUGGUUUGGAUAGUUCAACUACAUAUCAAAUUGUGAAUUCGAUCAAGCAAUAUGUUCAUAUUCUCAAGGGGACUGCAUUCAUCUCACUGCUGCAGCCAGCACCUGAGACUUAUGAACUAUUUGAUGACAUUGUUCUCCUUUCUGAUGGUCAAAUUGUGUACCAAGGUCCUCGUGAACAAGUUCUUGAAUUUUUUGAAUCCAUGGGCUUUAGAUGUCCUGAGAGGAAAGGUGUGGCCGACUUCCUGCAAGAAGUGACGUCAAGGAAAGAUCAGGAGCAAUAUUGGGCAAGCAAAGAUGAGCCUUACAAGUUCAUCACAGUAGAUGAAUUUGUUGAGGCAUUCAACUCAUUCCCUGUGGGACGCAAAUUUGCAGAUGAACUUGCAACUCCAUUUGACAAGUCAAAGAGCCAUCCUGCUGCACUAACAACAAAAAAGUAUGGUGUUCAAAGAACAGAACUAUUGAAAGCUUGCUUUGCAAGGGAAUUCUUGCUUAUGAAGAGGAACUCAUUUGUCCACCUUUUCAAGCUUACCCAACUCUCAAUCUUGGCUCUAAUUACAAUGACACUGUUCCUACGGACUGAGAUGCACCGUGAUUCAGUAAGUAACGGAGGAAUUUAUGCUGGUGCUUUGUUCUUCUCUAUGGUUUCUGUUAUGUUCAAUGGAAUGGCAGAGCUUUCUAUGACAAUUGCCAAGCUUCCUGUUUUUUAUAAGCAAAGAAAACUACUCUUCUUUCCACCAUGGGCAUAUGCCCUUCCCGCAUGGAUCCUCAAGAUCCCUAUCACUUGUCUUGAAGUAGCUGUUUGGGUAUUUAUUACCUACUAUGUCAUUGGAUAUGAUCCAAAUGUUGAAAGGUUGUUUAAGCAGUACCUUCUACUCUUACUCAUUAAUCAGAUGGCUUCUGCGUUGUUCCGAUUCAUUGCUGGAGUUGGUAGAAGCUUGACUAUCGCGAACACAUUUGGAUCAUUUGCUUUGGUCAUGCUUUUUGCUUUGGGUGGCUUUGUCUUGUCAAGAGAGGAUAUAAAGAAAUGGUGGAUAUGGGGCUAUUGGAUAUCACCUUUGAUGUACGGGCAGAAUGCAAUAGUAGUCAAUGAGUUCCUUGGAAAGAGUUGGAGUCAUGUUCUUCCAAACUCAACAGAACCGUUAGGAGUUGCUGUUCUGAAGUCCCGCGGAUUCUUCACUCAUCCAUCUUGGUAUUGGAUUGGCGUGGGAGCAUUGGCUGGAUACAUGCUUAUAUUCAAUCAUUUGACAAGCCACAGGCUGUUAGAUUGGAAGACUCUAGCUCAUCUCCUCAAAUUAGCCAAGGUGAUAUAUCUCAUAAAGAAUGGAAAUGGAAGUGUAUCUUCCAGGUCCUCAUCUGCAAGGACAGAAGCUACUGCUGACACUAACCCUAACAAGAAAAGAGGAAUGGUUCUUCCGUUUGAACCAUAUUCUAUCACCUUUGAUGAAAUCACGUACUCUGUGGACAUGCCACAGGAAAUGAAGAAUCAAGGUGUUCCAGAGGAUAAAUUGGUGCUCCUCAGGCGUGUGAGUGGUGCUUUCAGGCCUGGUGUUCUUACAGCUCUGAUGGGAGUGAGUGGUGCUGGUAAAACGACGCUAAUGGAUGUACUUGCUGGCAGAAAAACUGGUGGUUAUAUUGAGGGAAAAAUCACAAUCUCUGGGCACCCAAAGAAGCAAGAAUCAUUUGCACGGAUUUCUGGAUAUUGUGAGCAGAAUGACAUACAUUCUCCUCAUGUUACUCUCUACGAGUCCUUGAUGUACUCAGCGUGGUUGCGUUUACCUGCAGGAAUCAAUUCAGAAACUAGGAAGAUGUUCGUUGAGGAAGUGAUGGGACUUGUGGAGCUGAAUCCGUUGAGACAAGCACUAGUCGGGUUGCCUGGUGCGAAUGGUCUCUCAACAGAGCAGCGGAAGAGGCUGACCAUUGCGGUUGAACUCGUGGCUAACCCCUCCAUAAUAUUCAUGGAUGAACCAACUUCAGGCUUAGAUGCAAGAGCUGCUGCUAUUGUUAUGAGAACGGUUAGGAACACUGUGGAUACUGGAAGAACAGUUGUAUGCACCAUCCAUCAACCAAGCAUUGACAUAUUUGACGCUUUUGAUGAGCUAUUCCUGCUGAAGAAAGGAGGACAAGAGCUAUAUGUAGGGCCACUUGGCCGUCAUUCUUUCCACCUAAUCAAGUACUUUGAGGGAAUUGAGAACGUCAGUAAAAUCAAGGAUGGUUAUAAUCCAGCAACCUGGAUGUUAGAAGUCACCAGUUCAGCAAAAGAAAUAGCUUUGGGGAUUGAUUUUGCUGAUGUGUAUAAAAAAUCAGAAAUUUACAGGAGAAACAAAGCACUUAUUGAAGAACUGAGCACCGCGGCUUCUGGUUCUGAGGACCUCUAUUUCCCUACUAAAUACUCUCAGCCAUUUUUAACCCAAUGCAUAGCUUGCUUAUGGAAACAACAUUGGUCAUAUUGGCGCAAUCCACCAUACACUGCCAUAAGGUUGAUCUAUACAACCUUCAUAGCCUUGAUGUUUGGGACAAUGUUCUGGAACCUUGGCUCCAAAACGACGAAACAACGGGAUCUCUUCAAUGCAAUUGGUUCUAUGUAUGCUGCUGUUCUCUUUCUUGGUAUUAAAAAUUCUACAACAGUGCAGCCAGUCGUAGAUGUGGAAAGAACAGUCUUCUAUAGAGAACGAGCUGCUGGAAUGUAUUCUGCCUUGGCAUAUGCCUUUGCACAGGUUAUAAUUGAGAUCCCUUAUGUUUUUGCACAAGCAGUUAUCUAUAGUGUCAUAGUUUAUGCAAUGAUUGGGUUUGAGUGGACUUUGGCUAAAUUCUUGUGGUACCUGUUCUUCAUGUAUUUCACAUUUUUGUACUUCACCUACUAUGGCAUGAUGGGUGUGGCCUUGACGCCGAACCAACACGUUGCUGCUAUAAGUGCCAGUGCAUUUUACGCAAUAUGGAAUGUCUUCUCAGGGUUCGUCAUUCCCCGAACUAGGAUUCCUAUAUGGUGGAGGUGGUACUAUUGGGCAUGUCCAAUGGCUUGGACCUUGUAUGGACUGGCUGCGUCACAGUUUGGAGAUAUACAGGACAAGCUUGAGACUGGUGAAACGGUGGAAGAAUUUAUGCGGAAUUACUUCGGUUUCAAGCAAGAAUUUAUAGGAGUGGUGGCUGCUGUGGUGGUUGGAUUCACUCUACUCUUUGCACUUAUCUUUGCCUUGUCCAUCAAGAUGUUGAAUUUCCAAAGGCGAUGA